GGAUCCCUGUACUUGGUACCUGAUAAAUUUCUUGCUGGACUCUACCCUUGGCCUUGUUGUCAUCUACCUCUGUCUUCAAUUUAUGCAAGUUGUGGUCAGGAUUUAUGACUGGGAUACUCUGAGAUUUGGCGAGUAUGGAAACCCUCCACAGUGCAAAGCUUGGGCAGGGCAGUGUUUUUUGUACCUCUGGGCCGUCAUCAUUGAAAAAGCCACUAUCACACUGUUAGUACAGCUCAACUUCUGGAAGGAUGUGCGCAAGCUCAUUCUGCUGCCAGUCAAGCACUAUCCUAGAGUGGAACUGGCUAUUUCAAUGUUAAUUAUUCCUUUUGUGUUUAAUGCCAUAAUGUUCUGGGUCGUAGACAAUUUCCUCAUGCGAAAGAAGAAAAAAUUACUACAAAAAGAUGACACAAGGAGCAAAGUCAAGUAUGAGAGGCGCUCAGUGGUGAAUGGAUCUGAUGAAGAAGCUGUUCUUUUGGACAACAUGGUCGAAGGAGAAAGUGUAAUGAUUCCGGAUGAUAACAUUUAUCACAGGGAUACUGUAAGAAGAUGAUAUCAGGCAAACUGCUAUAGAGAUGUAGUUGAAGGUAACUGGUUUACCACUAUGCCGUUAUUUCUUGACAAUAUCUGAAUUGGUUGGUAUGUUUGCAUCAGUCCAAGAGAAGUCGUGUGAACCAGAGAGCUUCCACUGCACCUUUAAGAAAUACAGUAGCUUGGUAGCAUUGGUCAUAUCAUAAGUGUGGAUCAUUAGAUUAUAAUGCACGCUUACACUGUACAACAACAACAACAACAACAACAACAACAACAACAACAACAACAACAACCUUUAUUAACGUGUCUGGGGUAUUUAGCAUUGCUGCUAAUUGGGGACACACACACAAAAAAGGAAGUACGUAUACUGAGUUUAAUAGCUCCACUUUGUUAGUCAUGGUACACCCGUGUACAUGUAGUAAUAAAUGAAAGAAUUCAGUUCUUUUUGGCCAGGAAAUGCUGACAUUGCUGACAUCUUGUCAGUUUUUCGGCUGCAUUACACAGAAUAUAAUUCUAGACUGCAAGAUACACGUAUGCCGUUAUGUUGUUUUGUUUAUAAUUUUUGUUUUGUUUUGCACAACCAAACAGUUUAAUUAUAGGUACCUCGGGGGUUUCGUUUAACGUUUUUAGCUGGAGGCAGCUGGUUUUCACGGGUGGGCAACACAGUUUGAACUGAGCUAUCUUUGUAAGAAAAACUUUCUCUAGAUGGUCAAACCAGGUGGCCAAAAUAUUCCCCACAGAUGGUCAAUUUGCCUGGUGCCCAGUCCUUAAUGAAACCCCUGAGUACCUGCAUGUAAAACACUUGUCAAAAAAAAUCAGCUGCUUCAACCACUUUGUUCUAAGGAGAGGGGUGAAUAGGUUUUCGGAUCGAAGGAUUUGGCCUUAAAAAGCACACGGAUUGUGGAUUUUUGCGGUAAAUCGAG